CGGCGUGGCUGGUUGCUAGGAUACCGUGUUCCCCUCCGACAAAAAGCGGGUGGGAGUUGGAGGGCGAGGUAGCCUCGGGGGUUGCUUAUACUGCACAGAUCAAGUCAGCUGGAGGAGCUUGGUCUUUCUUUUCUCCACUGCCAAGCGCUCCUUCAGGCUUGCCCCCUAACGAACAGUCAACUCAACUCCUGUUGACGGUUAUGAAAUAGAGGCGCGCUGAUCUUUUCUGUGUUUGAGGGUGUCUUGUUGUGAGUGACACAAGCUGUCGCCAUAGACGCCUUUUCAGAUCUGUGGGUCAAAAACAUCGCGAUCAGAAGAAGGGGUUGCCGGGCUGUAUAGGUAGAAUGUUUUCUUUUGUCUUGGAGCCAGCAACAGAAAGAGCCAUGUGUCCAGCAGAUCCAGUCUCUGAGGGUCAGCUGCCGGAGGAACCCUAUGAGCGGUUCAUGUAUCAGCACUUGCAAUACUAUGGCUAUUUCAAAGAUGAGGAAAAAACUAUCCAAAACCCCAUGUUGCCUCUUGAGGACUUGGAGGAGCACUCUUGCUAUGAGCUGAAGCCAGGCAACUUCCACAAGGGAAGUAGAUCAGAAGAUGAUUCACAUGACAAGCUACUCCGUUCAUUUAUGACGGAGACUGCACUUCUUAAAAGCAAACAACUUACACUUGAUCAUCCAGAGGACCCUGGUGUUUUACGCUUGCGAGAACCUCGGAACAUUUUCAGUUUUCCCUACUGUAGAGAUUCACUCUUGGCCCCACUCUGGCCAAUAGAGUGUGAAGUAAUCCAGGAUCAGAUUCACCAUAUUGAGUGGGUUCCUCCUGGACCUGAACCUUUCUAUCAGCCAACAGGAAAUGAAAUUUCACCAGAAGUAAUGGGAGAUGAACGUGGGACUGUUGUCUAUCAAAUUUAUCAAGCAACUAAUGGUACCUGUUUUUCUGGUUCCCGAGUUGGAGGAUCAGAAGAGCCUAUUAAGCCACCUGCAGUCAGUUUAAAAGAUUCGGAAGACCCCAUACUGUUGUUUGAAUCACGCUUUGAAAGUGGGAACCUCCAGAAAGCUGUCAGGGUAGGCAAAUAUGAAUAUGAACUCACCUUGAGGACAGAUCUUUAUACCAGCAAGCACACACAGUGGUACUACUUCAGAGUACAAAAUACUAGAAAAGACGUCUCCUAUCGUUUCACGAUUGUCAAUCUGAUGAAAGACAAGAGUCUGUAUAGCAUGGGGAUGAAGCCUCUCCUGUACUCUCAAAAAGAUGCUCAGUCUCGUGGUAUUGGCUGGAAGAGAGCGGGUAAUAACAUCAAAUAUUAUAGAUAUAGCACAAAGGAUGGUCAGACAUUUUAUUGCCUCACCUGGACAGUUUGCUUUCCAUAUAGCCAUGACACAUGUUAUUUUGCUCAUUUCUACCCGUACACCUAUUCGGAUCUGCAGCACUACCUCUUAACUUUGGUAAAGGAUCCACUGCGUUCACAGUACUGCAAACUUCGCUCUCUGUGCAACAGUCUAGCUGGGAACCGAGUGUACAUCCUCACCAUUACCAAUCCAUCCAAAAGUGCCAUUGCUGCAGCAGCAAAGAAAGCUGUCGUACUAAGUGCCAGGGUCCAUCCUGGGGAGACCAACAGCUCUUGGGUGAUGAGAGGGUUCCUAGACUUCAUUCUGAGUGACUCCCCAGAUGCUCAACUCCUUCGGGAUCUCUUCAUAUUCAAGGUUGUGCCCAUGCUAAACCCAGAUGGGGUAAUUGUGGGGAAUUACCGUUGCUCACUGGCAGGAAGGGACUUGAACAGGAAUUACAAAACAGCAUUGAAGGAAUCUUUCCCCUGUAUUUGGCAUACUCGGGCCAUGAUCAAGAGAGUCCUUGAGGAAAGAGAAGUUCUGCUGUACUGUGACUUCCAUGGGCACAGCCGCAAGAACAAUAUCUUCAUGUAUGGCUGUAACAACAAAUAUGCUUCAGAGCGGCUACUCCAUGAACGCAUAUUUCCUCUUAUGCUGAGCAAGAAUAUUCCUGACAAGUUUUGUUUUCACAGCUGCAAGUUUCGGGUCCAAAAAUGUAAAGAAGGAACAGGACGGGUUGUGAUGUGGAGAAUGGGCAUACUGAAUAGUUACACCAUGGAGUCAACAUUCAGUGGGUCAACACUGGGCAGCAAGAGUAACUCUCAUUUUACCUCCGAGGAUCUUAAAUCUCUGGGCUAUCAUGUCUGCGACACCUUAUUGGAUUUUUGUGACCCUGACCGUUCCAAGUUUCAGCAAUGUCUAUCUGAACUUAAGGAGUUACUGAAACAAAAAAUCCAGAGGAAGAUCUCAGAGUUGAGCCAUGAACAAAACAUAGAGGGUACAUGGAGUGAUAUCUCCCUAUCUGAUGUUGAAUCCAGCACAAGUGGCUCCGACAGCUCCCAGUCAGAUGGCCCCCCUGCACCUUUGCUUGGCAUGGUGGAGAAGGAUUAUAAUGAGAAGAAGAAAAAGAAGAAGAAGAAGAAUCUGCAAACAAGGAAGGAAAGAAAUAAUUUGCAUCAGAAAUGUUCUCCAAGCCAUGCACUGAAGCAUCAGGAAGAUGUUCUGGCAAACACAAUUUCUCCAAGCCCUAGAAAGCACCAUAGUCUUUCUAAGAAAUCACAAGGAGACAACAGUUCAGAACAGAAGAACAGACAGAUCGAUCAAGUAAUAUGUGUAUGUCAGGUUCAGGAACUGGAGAAUUCAGUCUCUUCAUUUAUGCAAGAAAAAACCCCAGAUGCUGUUCAGGACAAAUAUUCAGGUCUUCCCUUAGGUAAGCAGAGCAUCCCUGUUGUUGCCUGUGAGCACAAGAUGAAGGAGCCCCAGCCCCUCCUCAUAACUAUGAUUUCACCACCAACACAGCGACGGAGCCUCACAACCUCCCCCAUCAAGCAGCAUCCACCUCCCUUCUAUGGUCAGCCAAAUGAAGAACUACAUGGGAAACAGAAUGCAGGGCUAUCAUCUUCUAAACCUGGUCUUGGAGUCAGACGGUACAGGUCCAUGUGGUGGAAUCCUCCUGAGGUGCCUUCCGUACCCUUAAUGCUACGCAGAAGUCUUUCUUUGAGAUCUCAGAUCCCUUUUGGCAACAAGCAGCUGUGGAAUCUGAGCCAAAGCAGGUCACAAGUACUUCCCUAUCAGCGAGAAUUGAAAUGGAAACCCCUAAAAAUUGACCGCAUGAUUCUGAGGACAGACAAUGAGCAGCACCGUAUCAAAGUCAGGAGAGCACCAAAUGAGAUUGGCCGAAAACAUUCUUCACUAGAGAACAGAGAGACUGGUCCAAAGGCAGCCUAUGCACAAGGAACAUCUGGUCCCUUGCCUUGAUACAUUGACUUUGAAUAACCCACACUGGGUUGACAACUGGUCAGUAGGAAAGCUGGCACUCUCCGCUUGCAGGCUUAUUACAAAUGUUUGGCAUAAAGUCUACUGCAUUUCUUUGUUAACAGUAUUGGCAAAGAGGAUGAUAGAUUUAAAUUCUCUUAUCUCUACAGGUUUGUGUUUAGAUUAACUGAUUAAAAGGGGGCAAGAGGGUACCCCCUCUCAUUAAUAUCAGGGCAGAGCUGCAUAUUACAGGGGAAACCAUGGGUUCCCAAUCCGGAGUUUCCCCCAUAAGACAAAUUGGGAGGAGGCAUUUAUAAGAGAGAACUGGUAAAAGAGAGAGGGUGUUUUACCUUUCACCUGUCCACAGAUUAUCUAUGGCAGCUAUCCCCUAUAGCUAUUUUUAAUAGUUUUUCAGUAAGCUGACCCAGCUGAGGGGUUUUUCAGGAGAGAAUCAAUGGGCACAGGAGAAGUUAAAUAUCCUUAUUUUCUUCCAAUUAUCCUCAUGAAAUGUCCCUACCACUCCUAUCUCUGCAGAUGGAUCCUUGGGAACCUUCAUUUGCUGAGGUAACGUGUAGUUCCACCCUGAUUGUUUCCUUUAGAAAAGCUUCCUUAAACUGAUGUGUAUGUGAGAUCUGUCAUGUUGAAGGGUGGAUACUUGAUAACUCUGUGGGGUUAUUCAUAUGACCGCACAUGCGGGGUGGGGCGGGGGGAGGCAGGGUUCAACCUACCUUCCCCCAGACAACCGCUCCAAGCCUCUGGGGUCCGCAAGCUGCUGGGAGCAGCAUGGAUGACUCUCUGUGCUGCUCCCAGCAGCAUGGGUAAACAGAGGCCGGGACUUGCUUCUGUGAAUCCUGCAGUGCACUGGGGGAUUCCCCCAGGGGAUGGGCACCCUAGGCAUCCAUCUCUGUGUCCGUGUGACUAUCCCAGAGCCAAAGUUAAGGGUGUGUUGCAGCCCUGGGUUUAGCGCUGCCAGGAUUCGUGUGGAUCUCAGCUGUUCUCAAGGGUAGCCAAGCCCAGGCUUGGCUGCUUGUGAGAAUAGCCUGUGUGUAUUGAAUUGAAUUUUUCAUAGGUGAUUGUAUAGCAGUGGGCACUGUCAAAAGAAUAUAAGUUGGCUCAUUCAACCUGCAUAGGGAAUAAAUGCAACAUUUAUGCAUAAGUUUUGUUGCAUUUCCCUCUUUAGUGGUGCUAUCAUUUGAGUGUCCAGCUCUCAUUUUAUUCAGAACAGGCUCUUGGCUACCUGACAGCCUUUCUCUGCUCUGUCUCAUCUAAUACUGCCUUCUCUAACUCUUGGUGUUAAUUACUUAUUCUUCCUUGUGCCGGAGAGAAAAGUGAAGCUUGUGUGAACAUUAAGAGGCAUAAUAAAAUAUAUGGGGGAUACAGCUUAAAAAAAAAAUUCAGGUGGUCAAGAAAAGCAUCAGUAUUCUAAAAUUCAGCCAAAACUAAAAGUAUUGAGCCAGCCAUAUGUCAAAUGAUUUCAUUAGACAUAAACUAGUUGUACAAACAAUAGCUUAUUAAUAAUUUUAGUGGUGAAUCCACUGAAGCCAUGUGUUGGCUUCAAGAACUGUUUGUAAAUCUUCAUUAUCUGUUGUAAGCAAGUUGGUGGAUUCAGUAGAAACUAAGCAAGUUUGUGUAUCAUUUUAUUUUGGCUACAAAGUUUUGAAUACGUUCACUGAAAUAAGGAUCAUUUACAGCAGUGUGUGAGUAGGGAAUAUCUGUGGGUUGCAUCCAGCUUGGUUCUCACAAAUAGUUCUGGGAGCACUUACAUCUGUGAAUAGACUUCCUCAAAAACGAAGUUAAUCAAGUCUAAGUCCAGAUGCUUGUCAAGAAUGACUGAUAGCCUUUAUUAGUCUUGAAGGGUAAAUAUCACAAACAGACAUCAACAAUCAAAUAAGCAAGAGGCCACAAAGCUCAAAUUGAUGGUAGUGAAUAAAACAUUCUGGUAUGGAAAUUCUGUGGGAGUUUUUAUUGCCUUUAAAUGGUCAGUGCUGAAUUAAGGCUUAUCACAGUUGCAACAGAUAUUUUAAGCAAAGCUUUAUUAAGAAUUCAUGUAUUUUUUAUAACUGAAUUGUUAAGCACAGCAAUUGUAAAUUUAAUUUUGUUUAAUAAAGUUCAUGUUUCCCCAA